AUGGCGAGCGGCCGAGUCCUGAAGAGCUUGAGUGAAUCCGGUAUCGACAUAGUCUGCGACGAUAGCAAGACCGCCAUCCACCCGAAAGUUGCAGCGCGCGUUCUCUGCGCAUUCAUGAGCCUCGCGUUUGAGCUGGAAAAUAGCAUAGAACACUGCCUUACGAUCCGCCUCCCUCAGUUCUUCCCCAUCAUGCCGCCUCAGCCCCAGAGCCCACAAGCCCUGAACGAGUUGCAGAGCCAGUUCUGCGAGACUCGAUCAUCAUCGCUCGCUACUCAUGCCGAGAAGAUUCAGACGUUUGACCAGGCGGGAUGCGCAGCGUCGACUGGGUCAGCAGACGACCACUCGGACGUGCUCUACGUACCGGCAGGCCAGAAGCGCGAGGACGGAGGCACCGUAUUUGCUGAGUAA